GGGGCUGAACCCCAGAUGUUUCUCACCCCUUUCCUCUCGUGCUUGGCGGGACCCAGGGAGGCAACGGAGUCUUCAAACGGGCCCAGAGGUGACGUCAAAAAACCACAGAGAGAGGAAAAACAGCAGGUUCCUGUCCGGGCCCCCUCCCUCGCCUGCUCCGGGCCGGGCAGCGGAGGCGGCGGAGCCCCCGGAGCCUCCCGUGCCCCCAUCCCGCCAGCGGAGCCCAUGGCAACCCGGCUGCCCAUCCUGUGCCUCCUGCUGGGAAUGUGGGCUGUCCCUGACCAUGGAGGAGCCAUCUGGAUCCCUGCAAGACCUAUCCUGAGACUCACCAGAGGCGGCUGCCGCUGCACUGGGAUACUGGAGGUGAACUUGGAAAAUCAAUGGAGACCGAUUUGCUGGGAGAGCGUGAGCGUGAGUGACCUGCACUGGGUCUGCCAGCAGCUGGAGUGCGGCCCCCUGACCUCUGAGCCCUUGGAGCUCAUCAUUCCUGGUGGGAAAGGGCCACAGAGUCAGCCCACGAGGUGCAGACACUCACUGGGAUGCCACUGGGAGCUGGAAAACUGCACUGAGCACGUCAUUGUUGCCUGUAGAGAGCCAGUGAAAACCACUCCCAAGCCCCCACCGACACCCCCGGCCACCACCCUGGAGCCCACGGGACCCCCCAGGCUGCGGCUGGUGGACGGGAAUUUCAGCUGCUCCGGCUUCCUGGAGCUGCACAAGCAGGGGCUGUGGGGGGCCGUGGCGAGCAUCCCGCACAGCUGGACACAUCUGGUCACCGCCAUCUGCCGGGAAUUGCGCUGUGGCACUGCUGGGAGCAGCCACGGCGAGCCGGACCCAGGGAUCCACCUGCCGGUGCGGUGGGAGGCGGUGGAUUCCUGCGGGAGCCGCUCCCUGCUGGACUGCUUCAACAGGACCAGCUCCCGGGGGAAAGCGCCCGCCUUCAUCACCUGCUCGGGUUCCCAGCCGCGGGCUCUGCGGAGGCUGGCAGCCGGCCCCACUCCAUGCGAAGGGGACAUCCAGGUAUUCCAUGCGGGACAGUGGUGGGAUCUGUGUGACUCUGGAGCAGCACAGCGAGGAAAGCGUGGCCAGCAGAUCUGCCGGGAGCUGGGCUGCGGGAAUCUCACUUCCAGCACGGAAAUCCGGGGGCCUCCCUCGAUGGGAGUCACCUGUGGGUUGGAGCCCCUGCACCUCUGCCAGCCCAAACUUGGGAAUAUCCGGAGCUGCUCCCAGACCAGAGUUGUGUGCCAGGACUCAAAGCCGCUUCCCACUGGAACUUCUGCUGGAACCAUCGUGAGCAUCUGCCUGGCCCUGCUGCUUUUCCUCAUCCUUUUCCUGAUCUGUGGCCCUCCCGCCUAUCGGAAGCUGAUGAAGAGAAUUUCCAAGAAGAAGCAGCGCCAGUGGAUCGGCCCCACGGGACUCAACCAGACGGUGUCUUUCCACCGCUCCAGCACUGCUCCAAGGCCUCGGGGACAGGGAGGGGACAACGACUACGCUCAGCCCCCCAAAAAGAGCUCCCAGCUCUCUGCUUACCCAGCUCUGGAAGCAGCGUGCCAGCGCUCCAACCCUCCGGAUAACUCCUCAGACAGCGACUACGACCUGCACUCCGCCCGCAGGUUGUGAUUCCCUGCUUCCCAAAGGAGCUGAUCCCACCUCCCACCUCAGCUUUGGGGGCAUCCCAGCACUCCAGCACCCUUCCAGGAGCAUUUCCCAGCCUCCUCAUGGGAGAAAAGGAGGUUUUUGGUUUUUUUUUUUAAGCUAUUUAUAGGAAUUUAAGAGCUGGGGGGAGGUGCAAGGAGACCUUUGGAAUAGUGGGAUCACCAGCUUCUCCAAACCAGGGUAAAGAGUUGGGAUGAUGGAUAAAGGAUAAGGAUGCAAGGGCGGGAAUACUGAGUCUGAGAUAUUUAAUAACCAAUACCUGUAAUAAAAUUGGGGUUUUGUACUAAUUACAUCUCGUCCUCUUCCUUCCAUUAUCCCAAGGUGAUCCCAAACUCCCAUCAGCAGGGAAAAGCGGGACAGGGAAACACCUUUUUCCCUGGUUUUUAUCCCAGGGAUAAAUGCAAGAAAAGCAGGAACUGAAGCAGGCUUGAAGAUGGUUCUGGGA